UGGAAGAGCCAAAUAAAGGCAUAUUGCUCUGCAUUCCCUGAUUUUACUUCUAACCAUUAGAAGAAAAUGGAGGAUCAAUGUAGUCCCUUGAGCUGGGGUUGUUUCUACUUAGAAGAGGGAAUUGAGGAGCUAAAGCAUUCUCUGUUGUACACUACUUUGGAACUGGAGACAACAAUUCUCUCUGCUCAUGAGGAAAUUGCAAGGAAAGAAGAGGAAUUGUUCCAUCUCAAAGAUCUCUUGACAAUGACAAUCAAGGAGAGAAAUGAAUUCCAAGGGAAAUGCCGAAUGCUGGAAUUGGAAAAAACCAUACUCCAACAACUAGAAGAAGGGAAAUCAGAUUCUGCUCCGGGUGAACUAAAAGGGGGAGGAUCCAACAGGGGACUUUCAACUUCAGAUUCCACUGAAAACAACCCAAUUCCACCAUCAUCAUUUCCAUCACCACCACCGGCGCAGCUGCAGCCACCUCAACUGGCAGGAGACUCGGUACCUGAGAAGCCAUUACCAGAGAAUGGGAAGUUUUUGAAGGCGGUGAUGGAAGCAGGGCCGCUGCUUCAAACACUCCUACUAGCAGGGCCACUGCCUCAGUGGCAGCACCCACCACCCCAACUCAACUCCUUGGAGAUCCCACCGGUGACCAUUUCCUCUCCACCACCACCGGGGAGUCUGCACGGGGAGUCUGGCAUUAGUACAUGUGGUAGUUUCAAUAGUAGGAAGAGGGUUAUGGUCCCCUGUGAAGCCUCUUACUCUUCUUCCCCAAACACCAAGUAUCAAAAGGUGGUUCACCAAUCACCAUUGACCAAUUGAUAUGUUAGUGCUCCUCAUGAUUUGCUAGUAGAUCAGUCGUUUUCGUAGUGUUAAAAUCAUAGAAAGGCAUCCAGAUUGAAAGGGAUGCCUUUCACUCACCUAUUUUUACUCUCUGAAAACUAUAGCCUGCCUUAGUCCUAGUUUGGUUUGGUGUUGUUUUCUAUUGUCUGGAAAACACAGGAAACUUGUUCCUUGAACUGUUUUCGAAAACAUUUAUGAAAAAAAAAAAAAAAACCCGUUUUCAGAAAACCCCGAAACAAAUGUUUUCAGAUUUUAGAAAACUGUUUUCUCUAAAAAAAAUAGUAGACAUCUAAGCGUUCUUGGACUUGACACUAUUUCGGCGUCCGAAACAAUGACCCUUCGGUUCCUAACCUCUAAAGGGAAGAGAGAGAGAGAGAGAGAGAGAGAGAGAGAGAGAGAGAGAGAGAGAGAGAGAGAAUAUUCAAAGCCUCUCUUAAGCUUUUUGUGUGGGAUUGUGACCGGAUCUUUUCUUUGGUCCACUAUAACUAUUGAAAACCCUCUAAUGUAAAUGUGAAUUGCAGGCUUGAAUUCUCCAAAAGAGUGGGGAAUUUCUUUAGAUUAAUUAUCUUACAUUAUCUUUAGCCAAACAUAAUUAUACGAGUGUAUCUUGGGAGAUUUGUGGUGUGAUGUGGGCCUUGUUGUCUUUAUCAGGGAGACUGUUUACUAAUGUAAUGCAAAACUAAAGUUGUGGUUAA